CGUGGGACCUAUGGACCGAGAGGCCACCGAGGCCCUCCUGAGGCCAGCAGAAGUGCCUCCCAUGACUCACCUCGUUCGCAAGUCUGUUAAGGAGACUGAUUUUGUCAUCUCGUACAAAAAACUGGAAGGUAAUAGCUUCGGUCAUCGCAAAAUAUUCAAACAUGGCGACAGCUACUGGACCAAACCCGACAUGAGAUUCAGCAGCAUGGCUGAACUGGUGCAGCACAGUUCCAGUGCUAACAAAUGGAUUCUUUUCGACAAAUUCUACGAAACUCACACACAGCAAGUCUCACCCAACUCCAGCGUGGGUUCCAACACAGCGGACACCGAAGCCGACUAUGAAGCUUCCGCCUACUCGGAUUACGGCCAGACGAUGUCAAAUUCCAGUGAAACGGCGUCAUCUGUUGAAGUUGCAAGCAGUGAAGAAGCACCUGUCGUAUCAAGUCUUAUUGUCGAACUUAAUAGAAAAAGACAGAUAACAUCACAGGAUCCAAAAACCACAGACGUAAGAAAAAAUUCUUCGGGAGCUUUAGGCAGGAGUUCUAGCAUUGUUUCGACUAGAAUCGUUCAAUUCAACGAAUUGCAGAACUCUGGUGAAAUUAUCACAGAUACUAGAUCAAUAAAUGCACCAAAACAGGAAGAAACCAUCGGAGUUACCCUGCCUGAGAGCAAUGACAACAUUGCUGCUACGAGUGGAAAUACGGCAACCACGGGACAGAGUACCCCCUCGGACCCGAAGCAGCAGGAGGAGGAAGAGCAGGUUGACAAGAGCGACUGGUACCUGAACCCAGGCGAUGUGACCAAGGAGCAAAGGCUAGGUGCAGGCAACUAUGGCGAGGUCUGGAAAGUUGUCUUGCGGAGAUCAGGGAAAGUGUUUGCCAUGAAGACCAUGAAGCCAGCUAAAAUGGCGCUUGAGGAGUUCGAGAAGGAAGUGACGACGAUGAUGUCGUUCAGACACCCGAAUUUAGUGAAGACGUACGGUGUUUGCAGCGAUCCUUACGAAAGCUUCAUCCUCAUUGACUACCUCGUCAACGGCAGCCUCAUGGAUUACAUGAAGGACGCGAGAGAGGGAAAAAAAAAUCCUUUGUCCGAGGGACAAAAGUACCAAAUUGCGUGCGGCGUGUUGAAGGGCAUGAAAUAUUUGUCCGAGGAAAACUGCAUUCACCGAGACCUGGCCGCGCGUAAUGUGUUGCUCACCGACGACCUCACGCCCCGAGUGGCAGACUUCGGUCUGGCGCUGCUGGUAGACCCGAAACAACCGGAUAAGAAGAAGAAAGACACGAUGGGCACUCCGUGGAUGUGGACAGCGCCUGAAGCUCUGCGUGGCAAAGACAAGUGGAGCUCGAAGAGCGACGUGUGGUCGUACGGAGUCUUUUGCUGGGAACUGUACACCGACUGUACGAGUAACCCCUACGCGCCUGAGAUAGUGAGCUCGCUCCACCUGAGCCGGUAUCUCCUGAAGGGCGGCAGACUUACCUUGCCCUCGUCCUGCCACCUCACCGCCCUCAUCCUCAGCUGCUGGACGUACGAUCCCAGCGAACGACCUUCCUUCAAAGACCUACAUGAGCAAAUGCAGCAGCAGGGAGCGCCAAAAGCAACAAUACAGAAUAAUAUUACAGACGUCCAAAUCUAAGAAAUCUAAAGCCUAUAAUUUGCGUUUCUAUCUAAGGCAUAGUAGUAAGUUAUAGAUUUUCCGUUUAGGGAAUCAAUUUAGAAAAUUGUUAAAGUGAUUCCAAUUUGACAACUGAAGCCUUUUGGGGAACGAAGGUCCGCUUAGAAAAUGCGAUACCUGAGAUCAUUAAACAAUAAGUCAAAAUGGUUUGAUAAUGUAAAUUUUUCCCACGUAAUGCCGUCUUUCACAUUAUAUUGGUUGCGUUGCAUUUAAGGAAAGACGUCAUUAGUUAAUUAUUCUAUCGUCAGGUUAAUUGAAUUCAGAUUUCAGGGUAUACUAGUUUACCAAUGUUCAUCGUCAUUAUUUCUCGCACCUCAGAUGUGAUUACCUUUCAGCCCAAGGAAAAUAACAACAUGACCCAGAAAAUUACUAUGAACAUCUGAAACCAAGUAAACACUGAAACUCAAAUUCAAUCACAAAUUACCUGAUGCAUUCUUACGUAAAAUUAACCCGAAAUAUUACGACAGCUUAGAACAAGCGGGUUGCAGCUUGAGACCUGAAAGGGUAAGAACGUAAAGGAAAGGGCUGAAUGCUGAAUGCCUACGUGUAGUAGGUGGAUUGAAGCGUGAAGGCAAGAUCAAAAAUAUUGUGGCAAAAGGAAUAGAAUGUUUAAGGGCUGUAGAACGAUGGUUGGGAAGCAAGGGUCGAAGCAUCAGUGUCGGAGAAUGAUGAGUGGCCCACAAGGGUUGGAGCACAAGUGUAGGAGUAUGAUGGUCUUCUUCGUCCGCAUUUCGACCUUUGUGAUUUCCAUCAGAUUUCCGGUGGCUGGCAAACGUCCAGAGCUCAUGGCUGAACUGACUGCCUCGUCUGCCAUGAGGGCUGAACUGGCUUUCGCUUCAGCCAUGAGUGGAUGAACUGGCUUUCUCUUUAGCCAUGAGUGGUGGAACUGGCUUUCUCUUUAGCCAUGAGUGGAUGAACUGGCUUUCUCUUUAGCCAUGAGUGGUGGAACUGGCUUUCUUUUUAGCAAUGAGUGGUGGAACUGGCUUUCUCUUCAGCCAUGAGUGGAUGAACUGGCUUUCUCUUUAGCCAUGAGUGUUGGAACUGGCUUUCACCGUGAGUUAUGACUGAAUGUUGGUUAGGUAUUUCAUCUCAGAUUAGUCUUACACUCAGAGAAAUGAAUGGGUUAUAUCGUCCAAGUAGUGACCUACUUUCUGCAGGUAGCAACGAUACGACCCUUUGCCAGGCAAACUCGGACGGGAUAACCAACAUUAGGGCGAAAAGUGCAUCUCUAUUUGGACAAAGUCUAACUUAUUUCUUUGAGUGUAUCAGCCUGAUUCAUUUAAUGUCAACGAAAGUAAUUGUUACGAAUCUUCCCAUAAUGAUGUUUGUUUAUUCACAGCAUUCUUAUGUUAUGUAUGAUUACACAAUUCAUUCGUAAAUGUCAUAAUGAAAAUUUUACAGUUAUUACUGAAUAUAUGUAAGGUAUAUAAUAUGUAACAUGAAUCAAUUAGGAGAGCUUAAUUUUAAAAUUAAAUAAAAAGCAUGAAUGAAAUUAUCUUGGUCCAAAAACAUCGUUUAUUUACUCGCAAAUACACUUUAUUUCUGAUUAUCAAAGCUAAGUUUUGGAUAAAACAAAUAUUUAUGAUAAAAAAGUUCUCUACAUUUAUUUUAAAGGGAUAUUCUUUCAGAAAACAUUAAUUAAAGUACUUGGUAAGAGACUGCAGGAAUCCGCCUUGUUCGAAAGCGAAAUCUAAUAAAAAUGCAAAUAGUGUUGAAAUAAUAGAUAUUUUGUAGCACAUUUUCAGCAUUGGUCAUCAGAGAUGAAAGUGGGAAUUACAAUAUUUGUCGAUUAAUUCUUUUUCAAUAUUAUAUUGAUGUCUGAUCUUGCAUAAAUGGUCAUCAGAAGAUCAAACCUUUUAAAAUUUAAUGCUAUUUCUAGUACAUUUUUAAACGAGGGUUACAUGAAUAAACGACGAUCGUCCUGCGUUGACGCGAUGCUUUAUUUUCAUCGUGCAGAAACAGACAUAAAAAAUAUUACAAAAAUACAAGUAAAUGUUUGUAAAAAUUGAGUUAAUUUGUAAGUAAACAUGCUAAGAAAAUGAUAUUCGGUUGAAAUAAUUGCCUUCAAAAACUUACAAUUUUAGCUUCAACUGAUCAGCAAAACAUUUACUGUUCCCGCUACCCAUGACAAACCGUGGCAGUCGAUGCUUAUCUAUUAACUUUUUUUCUAUUUGCAUAUUUCACGACUACGAUAACUGCGCAUUGUCUAGCGAUUGUCCUCACAAUAAACCAAAUGAUGCGAUUACACAAAUAUAACAAAAUGAUAUUUUAAGGGUGACUUCGAGCUUCUUUCAUAUGAAUAUGCGAAAGAAUCAUCAAUAAUAAUCGAUAAUACCCUUUUAAACUUGACUGGACAUGUAGAAGUAUAUUUCUGUAUAUGAUUAUAAUCUUUAAUUGUUAGCUAAUACAAAAUUAUAAAUAGUGAAUCAACAUAGGAUUUUAUAACAGCGCAUUGCGGUGCAAAUCCUUUAUUAUAGCAAUGCCUUUAUUUGCAGGCGUAACUCAACUGUUAUCACAGUGUAUUGCAGGUGCAAAUCAAGUGUCAUUGCAGUUGUUUGCAAUCACAGAUGAUGUUAUCGCAUAAUUCUUAGUUUCAAUUCUGGAAAAACUUCCAGAGACCAGCAAAGGAAACUCGUCGAUUAUGAUCGAACUGCCAACAUUCCUGCAUGACUCUGUAUGUUGCCUCGCUGCACUCGAGCGGCCGACUCAGUCUGAACCCUGCCUCCAGGUGAUUCAGCAAGCUCGAGCUCGUACGGAUUUCUGGGAAAAAAUCAAAAUGAGGGAAAGUUCAAAUGGCAUGAAUAAGGGUGCAAUCUAAAUGAGAAUUGAAUAUGAAUGACAGCCAAUUGACCUAUCAAGUCCAACUAUUCAACUAACUUUGGUUCCAUUCUCGUGCAAUGGAUUAUAAUCCGUGUAAAAAUCGGAUUCGAUGCCUUCUUGAAAUGAAAUCUUGCCAUUUUUGUGCGUAAUGCCGUGUCCAGGAACCUAAACUUAAAAUUGAAAAUUUGUAUUUGACUACUUUGGUCUUGCUAAACAAUGCAAGAUUGGCUUUGAAAAUUAGUUUAACCAAUUAAUAAUCAAUUAUUCUUCGUAUGCACAGGCGAUUAGUUCUGUAUAUUUUUGUUGAUUCUAACCUGGAUAAGGCUGAGUCUGGCAGUUGCUGUAGAGUUCCCAGCAAAAGACGCCGAAGCUCCAGACGUCGCACUUGUCAGUCCAGAGAUUGCGUCCACAGAUGGCCUCCGGCGCGGUCCAUUUCCAGGGGGUUUUUUGGUUGUCGUUUUGAGCUUUGCCAUCUGCCUGUGUUUUCGUUA